AUGCCCCAAUCAGCCUGUAUUUGCAACACUAACAACAGAAACGACAAUAAUGGCAACAAAAAAGCCGAGGAGUUUCAGCCACACCCAGUCAAGGAACAACUACCCGGUGUUCAGUAUUGUGUUAACAGUCCACCUCCAUGGCCUGAAGCUGUCGUUUUGGGUUUCCAGCACUAUCUGUUGACUCUUGGUAUUACCGUUUUGAUUCCGAGUAUGAUAGUUCCACUAAUGGGAGGUGGUGAUAUUGAGAAGGCUAAGGUGAUCCAAACGUCUUUGUUUGUCUCAGGAUUAAGCACAUUCCUACAAUCUUUAUUUGGGACCCGACUACCAUCUGUGGUUGUGGGUUCAUAUACAUACGUUAUUCCCACAACUUCUAUUGUUCUAUCCAGAAGAUAUACCACAAUUCUAGACCCUGAUGAGAAGUUUAUACAAACAAUGAGAGGUAUACAAGGUGCUAUAAUCAUAACCGCAUGUUUUCAGAUAUUAAUUGGUUUCCUAGGCUUGUGGAGAAAUGUUGUAAGGUUUCUUAGUCCUCUUUCUGUUGUCCCAGUCGUAACUUUCGCUGGAAUUGGGCUCUAUCAUCUUGGUUUCCCCACGCUCGCAAAAUGUGUUGAAGUUGGGCUUCCUGAGUUGAUCAUCUUCAUUUUCAUCUCACAGUAUCUUCCUCGUUAUAUGAAAGCAAAAACACACAGAUGUGAUAGAUUUUCAUUGCUGUUCUCCGUCUCAAUUGGAUGGUUAUAUGCACUGUUUUUAACAUCAACUGGCGUGUACAACAAGAAACCACCCAACACUCAAAUUAGUUGUCGCACUGAUCGCUCUGGGCUUAUCCGUACAGCUCCUUGGAUUUAUAUGCCUUAUCCAUUUCAAUGGGGUAGUCCCACUUUUAAUGCUGGAGAGACUUUCGCAAUGAUGGCAGCUUCUUUGGUUUCUCUCUUUGAGUCCACUGGUACAUUUUUUGCCACAGCAAGAUAUGGGAGUGCCACGCCUGUGCCACCUUCUGUAAUUAGCCGUGGUGUUGGCUGGCUGGGUAUUGGGACCUUACUCAAUGGAAUGUUCGGUUCUCUAACCGGCACCACUGCAUCAGUAGAAAAUGCUGGUCUAUUAGCACUGACGAAAGUCGGAAGCCGAAGAGUCAUCCAGAUAUCAGCUGGCUUCAUGAUUUUCUUCUCUGUACUAGGAAAGUUUGGCGCUGUAUUCGCUUCAAUUCCUCUGCCAAUUGUAGCAGCUUUGUACUGUGUUUUAUUUGGCUAUGUUGCUUCUGCUGGUUUCGGAUUUCUCCAAUUCUGCAACUUGAACAGUUUCAGGACUAAAUUCAUACUGGGGUUCUCUUUCUUCAUGGGAAUUUCAGUACCACAAUAUUUCAGAGAAUAUUAUCACGUACAAUCGGAGCAUGGACAUGUUCACAGCCAUUCUGGAUGGUUCAACGACAUUGUGACUGUCAUCUUCAUGUCACACACCAUGGUGGCUGCCUUAGUUGCUUUGGUGUUGGAUUGCUCGCUUUCCCGAGAAAACGAUUUGACAAGAAAAGACAGUGGUUUGCAUUGGUGGGAAAAGUUCAGCUUGUACGGAUCAGAUGUUAGGAAUGAUGAAUUCUAUGCAUUGCCAUGCAGAUUGGACACGUUUUUCCCAUCCCUUUGAAACCUCUUUACCAGUUCUGUUUGAAACUAAGCAGUAUUU